UUUAUUGGAGAUGGAAGUCUUUCUCUAUAAUUCUACAGUUUGUAGAUUAUGUGGAGAAGAAAAUGAUAGUGGAACCUUAUUAUAUUCUAGUGAAGAAAAUAAUCAGGACUUAUGUGAACUUAUAAAUACAUAUUUGCCGAUCAAGGUGUCUGAUGAUGGACAGCUUCCUCGAACUAUCUGCCCCGGAUGCACCAUACAAUUGGAAGCCACUGUUGAAUUCCUGAAUCUUAUUAUAAAUGGACAGAAAGUAAUUCGAGAGCUUCACCAAAGAGAGAAGGAGUACAAGAAGUCAAUAUUGAAUAAUGAACCGGAAGUAAUUACAGAGAAGAUUGUUUAUGAGAUUAACACAAGCAAUGGCAUUUACCAAGUGGAGCACCCUAUUGCCCUGCAAGUGUCAGGGCUUGACAAGCCAAAGAGGAAGCGAGGACGGCCCCCCAAGAAGCCGAAGACACAAGAGGAGAUUGAUCAAGAGAUAGCUGCCAAGGAAAAUGAGAUCAUGGCUAAGAAGCCGGUUAGUGAGAUUGAAGUCACUGGGAAACGGAGGAGGAAGACUCCUACUAGAUUCAAAGAGGCAGUGCAGGGCAAAGAACUGGAGAGGAUAUUCAAAGAGGAGGGCGUGAUAGACGGCGACGAGAGUGAGGCGGACGUGAAGCCAGACGUAGAGGCGGAGCGACAGCCCACGCCUGUGAAGGAGCCCGAAGUCAUCGGACACAUGGAGAUGUCCGGGGAGCUCGUCGUCGUCGUCAAGGGCAAGGGACGGGGGAGACCUAAAGGACGCAUGCGUCCUACACGCGAGCAGUGCGCGAUCUGCGGCAUGGAGUUCUCGUGCGUGGGGCGUUACAUGUCGCACGUGGCGCAGCACGGGCCCGUGACGUACCAGUGCAACUGCGGACACGUCGCCGCCACCCGCCUCGACCACCAGAACCACCAGCGCGACACCAACCACACCGGCCAGAAGAUUAUACCUCGCAGCGUUGACGACACGGGCCCCGAGACUCCUAACCAAGAAGUAACUUUAGAAAACCAAGAGCUACAGACUGAUACAGUGGAUAAAAUAGUGAAUGACAUACAAAUUAAUUCACUUCCUAAACUACUGCCUGAUCUGACCACUAAGCUGGAAGCGCCCCCAGCACAGAUCAACACCACAGAAUUCCUGCAGGACAUAGUCAAUGAUAAACCAGAAACUGUUGAGAAUGAACCUGGUGCUAGCACCGAUAGUAAUAAUAAGAAUAGUGAUAACAAAGAAAAUAAUGAUGAACUGACUGUAAUAACGGGACCAAAAGGCAAGGUGAAGCUAAAGUGCAACCACUGUGACAAGAUGUUUAGCAGCAAACAGAGCAAAUCUCUUCACAUUAAGGCGGUGCACCACGGCGAGCGUCCGUACGCGUGCGGCGAGUGCGGCGUGCGCUUCGCGUACCCGCGCUCGCUGGCGCUGCACGCGCUCAGCCACCGCCGACACCGCGCCGCCGCGCGGAGGUACGCCUGCGACCUCUGCGGGAAGGUGCUCAACCACCCGUCGUCGGUGGUGUACCACAGAGAGGCUGAGCACGCUGGGCAGCGUUACGUGUGCAGCAAGUGCGGCAAGAGCUUCAAGCACCGCCAGCUGCUGCAGCGGCACCAACUCGUGCACUCGCAGCUCAGACCCUACACUUGCAAGAUAUGCAACGCGACGUUCAAGACGAAGGCGAACCUGAUCAACCACCAGCUGCUGCACUCGGGCGUCAAGAAGUUCAGCUGCGAGAUCUGCAAACACAAGUUCGCUCACAAAACCAGUCUCACGCUACAUAUGCGAUGGCAUACAGGUACGAAGCCAUUCGUGUGCAACAUCUGCGGCAAGAGUUUCAGCCAGAAGGGGAACUUGUCUGAACAUCAACGCAUCCAUACGGGCGAGAAGCCGUACCAGUGCGGAGUGUGUCCGCGCCGGUUCACCACCAGCUCGCAGUUCCGGCUGCAUGCGCGCCGGCACCAGGCAGACAGACCUUAUGCUUGUAACCACUGCCCUAAGCGGUUCGUGUCCCGCGGGUCGUGGGCGGCGCACCAGCGGCGCUCGCUGCGGCCGCGCGCGCACGCGUGCAGCGUGUGCUCGCGCAGCUUCGCGGAGCGCUGGGCGCUCGUGAAGCACAUGCGGCGCCACACCGGCGAGCGGCCCUUCCGCUGCCCGCACUGCCCGCGGACCUUCGCCGACUGCUCCAACCUCAACAAGCACAAGAAGCAAGUGCACAAACAGAUGAGCCUGCUAGUAAACAGCGAGCAGCAGCUAGUUGCAGAGCAGAGCUCGCCGCAGCCAGAAGUACUGACGGUGGUGGACGACGACGACGACGAGAAGGUCAUCUACGUCACCUACGACGUCGACGACGCCGAGCCCGGCUUCCAUAUACUAGAUCCUGAACAGGUGGCGAGCGUGGGUGUGGGCGUGGACGUGGGCGGCGAGAGCGCGGCGGGCGAGGGCUGCGCGGUGUUCCCGGCGCCGCUGGUGCUGGGCGCCGCGCCGCUGCCCGCGCUGCCCAUAGCGCUCGACACCACCGACCAUAUCGCCGUAACGGACGAGCAAGGCAACCCGCUUCACUUCACAAUGCAGGACGGCACGCGGCUGGCUAUCACCUCCACUGACGGGAAGUCUUUACAGGUCAUAACACAAGACGGUCAAACUAUACCUGUAGAAAUUAACGAGUUCAACGAUGAAGAGGAAGCGGAUGAGGUUCCAGAGACGGUGGUCCAUCAAGUGAGCCUCCAAAAGACGGUGGAGUCCACUGCCUCGUCGCCCGUUACCCACUACUUCACCAUUGUGUAGCGUUUACUAGACCAGACGUUACCACCCCUAACGCAUGAGUAGAACUACAGCAGGACAGAAAUAUAACGCAUCACCUAGUGCGAAAGAUACUAGAUAUCUGCUUCGCACUAAAAGUAUACACGACUUAGCACGAACGACACGAGAGAUGUCACUCUAAUCGUGCUUCGUUAAACUGAGUAUGGUAUGGUAAAAUAUGGGGUUAGUAGUGGUCAACCAAAUUCAAUAAUUAGGGCCUAAUUUGGCGUCAAUAGCGGGUAUUGACGUAUCUGAAUGUUUCUAAGCUCAACUAAACCGUCUGACGAUAAUUAGUUCAAAGAUUUUCGGUAUAGUGGACGUCUUCAAACUUAUUAUUCUCAAUCUUGAUAAACUUUAAAUUGCAUUGUGUUAUUGACAUUGUAACGAACACUGAGGGGGAUGAUUCAGACCAUGAGUCUUGAGUUAAUAUCAAAUGGAAUAUUCCGUCGAAAAAUUCAUGUUCUUUUUUUAUUAUUUUCAAUUUUCUACACCUGCGAUGGAAGAUUACACUUGAUAUUAACUCAUAAUAAUGCGCUGAAUUAACUCCCUCAGUACGUACUUGUAUGGCUACCUGUACGUACCUGUACGGGGUGUAGUGUGGCAUCGUAACAAAUAUUGAAGGGGAUGAUUCGGAGUUGAUAUCAACUGGAAUUUCCGAUAAAAAUGAAUUUUCCGACAUUUUAUUUUCAGUUCUAUACUUUUGCUAUAUCAACUCAGAACCAUGGUCUGAAUCACCCUCAAAGUUUUCGUUACGAUGUCACUAACACCCUGUAUAAUAUUUAUUAAAUUAAUAUGAAGUAUGUGGUGUUUUCGAACGGAUCUCUAAUUUAAUUAUUAUAAAUUAAAAAUAUUCUUUGUAUAUAAUUUAAUUCUAUGUCCCAUGAGCAUAAUGUAUUAUGUGAUCAUUAAGCUGGGUGUCCUGUACUUUUUUUCUCAAUAUACUACACAUUAAACACGUAAGAUAUAUGUAUAAUGGUGCUAAUUCCUGUAAAUACCAUCUAAUUUUAUUUUAAGUUAUAUCUGUCAUUUUCUUAUCCGCCGAAAAGGAAAGGGACGGGUAAUCGACAAGCAUAAAAUUUAUGGAACACACGUCAAUUUUAAGCACAAAUCUAAACCAACCGUCUAAAAAUUUUACAUCCGCCAAUAACCCGACACAGUUAAGUAGACAGCACGUCAAACGGAUUGCAUACCAGCGACGUACCUUUUGAUUCGCCCGGGUUAUUCAUUCAUUCACUCAUUCUUCCUAAAAUUAAGAGCUGUGAAUCAUCCGUCCCUUUCCUUUUCGACGGAUAUGAAAAUGACGGAUAUAACUUUAAAUAAAAUUAGGCGGUGUCUGCAGGAAUCGGGGCCAAUGUUUAGUGUAGAUAAAAUAUGCGUAGGAAACCUGAGAGGUUAUAUCGGCCACGUCGCCGCGUCGAAAGAAUUCACCUAAAAAAGCAAUAUUUGUUUGUUUGACAAAUACCAAUAUUCCUUUUUAGAGGAAUUGCUUCGAUGUGGCCUUUUCAACCUUCCUGGCUUGAAAAUUACACCUUCCAAAAGUAAUGAUUGUGAUGUUAGACAAUGUUUGCAUAGUGUGAUGUGAUGAGUCACAAAGUGGUAUUGUAGCCAGUAUUGUCUUAGAAUAUAAUUUGUUAUAUGAUUAUUACAAACCUGAAUAAAUGAUUAAACUUUU